AUGUCAGAGCACUAUCUCGAACAACGCAAAGAGGAAAUCGAAGUACUUCAAUCUAUCUUUGAGGACUUGACUUUCGAAUCCGAUGACGAGGUGAUCCUAAGAACUGGGCCUGAGGAACCCUCCCCCUCCAACCCCCUAACCGUCAACUUGAAGAUCAAAUACACAGAGAAGUACCCGGAUGAAUUACCAGAAAUCGAGAUCGAGCCCGUCGAAGGCGAACUAACCGAGCAGGAGCUAGAAUCCACGAUUGAAAAACUCAAGGAGACAGGUCGUGAAUCAAUCGGGAUGGCUAUGAUUUUCACUCUUUCGCUUGCUCUGCAACAAGAACUCGGUCAAAUUCUGUCUGCUCGCGCCGCUGAGGUAGUGCGUUUAGAGAAGGAGGAGAUCAAAAAAGCUGAAGAAGCAGAGGCUGCUCGCAAGAAAGGUACUCCGAUCACGAAAGAAACGUUUGCAGUGUGGAGGGCGAAAUUUCAUGAACAGAAUCAGCUCAAAAAAAUCAAAGAGGAGGAGGAAAGAUACAAGUCUCUGACGCCAAAAGAGCGGGAGGAGAGGAAGAAAUCUGGGAACAAGUUUACGGGACGACAACUCUUCGAAUCCAACCAAGCAUUGGUCACAUCGGACAACUCAUUAAUCGAAGCGGAUGCUGAAGAAUUGGAUUUAUCCCAAUUUCCCAAGCAGGAAGAUCCGUGUUCAGUAGAACCCUAA